CAGUUGCAAAGUUUCCGACCACAAAUGUUCUUUUUUGACACUCAAAUCGAGCAAGCCUUAUCUUCAGGUUGUGGUUAGACUAUUUUAAAAAAAAUAAUGAAAGGUGCACAUUACAGUGCCAAGAAAACAUUAGAAGUUCCAACUUAUCACAUGCACACAAAAUUGUCUUUGUAAUUGAUAUGGCUUAUGCUUAUCUUUCACAUGCACUGUAUGUACAAUCUAUGUAUCUAAAUCCAUUCCAUGAAUUUUAUUUUAAUUGAAUGAACUACAUCUUGCACACUUUGUCCAUUUAUAGUAGUUUACUUCUGACUGUAGAACGAUUGUGGAUUCUGAAAAGUUUAAUAGCACAGGAAAUUUCAUUUGCAUAUUGGUUUGUUCACCACAACUCCUACUCAAGAGAUCACACACAUCAAUUCACACACAACAGGAUGACGGUCGCACCAACACUGUUGUGCAUUCUCUAGUGCUGGGAUCUCUAUAGUGGAUGCUCUUUUAUAUAGCCUACUGCAUAUUGUUGGCCAAGAAAAUCAACUUAUAAUUUCAACAUAUUUGGACACAUAAUUGAAAAGGAAUAAACCGAGUAUAGUGGGCUUCUGUGCAUAAAUCUAUCAGAAAUGAUCAUAAAAUAAACAUGGGUUGUCUAACAAGCAGACCCUGGCGUCAAUCUUCUCUUCACAGACUGGAGGACCCCGUCUUGAUGUCUGAUGAAUCAUCAGGAAAUCACAUGCACAUGGCAGUGGCCUUGUGUAACUUUCCACCCCACAGGUCUGAUGAACACACUAUAUUUUUAGGAGACAAACUGAACAUUAUAUCAGAAGAUGAUGACAUGUUGAUGGUAUAUUCUACAACAACUGGCACAGAGUUUUUCAUUCCUCACACCUACGUUUCCAAAGUGCAUAAUCGGUGGCUGUUUGAAGGGAUCACAAGGAGAAAUGCAGAACAACUUCUUAUGCUGCCUCCAAACUACUCUGGAUGUUUUCUAAUUCGGGAAAGCCAGUCAUGCCCCGGUUCUUACUCACUUUCCAUGCGACAAGAUAGAGGCCAUGUGCACAGUGUAAAGCACUACAGAAUCCAUCAGCUCCACAACGGCUGGUUCUACAUCCACCAGAGCCACUACUUCUCCACUCUCACACAGUUGGUGGACUAUUACUCACGGUCUUCUAACAGUACGUACUGUCAGCUGAGUGAACCUUGCUUACUUCAUGACUCCAACAGAGCUAUAGUGCAUAGACCCUCGCCAAUAUCAAUCCAGAGGUCCAAUCUUAACUGGAGAGAUUUGUCCAGGUCAAGGAUUCAAAGGCAGGUAAAGGGAACCGACCAGGAGAGUCUGCUCAGUGAAGGACUAAGAGAGACUAUGAAAGCGUAUUUUUAUGUCACAGAGGACUCGAACUGGACUGAGUGAAAUCCAACACAGAACAGACUUGUAAAACUCUGAUGAAGCUAAGUUAAAGAUGUUUUGGGUAUUUGGUGGGCAUUUUGACCAAAAUACACGAGCAUUCCCAGUGUCAUGCAUGAUUAAUGAUGUUUUGUUAAUUAUUAAAAGAUCGUUUUUGUAUGUUUUAAUGAAGUUUUUUCAUGUUAUAGUUAUGUUUUGUGUCUGUCGUAGUGUACAGGAUUCAUGACCUUGGACAACUACAGAAUAAAUUGCUCAGUUGGUCAGUAGAGCCCAACAGAAAACAAAUUAACAAUACAAACAAAGUAACAGAAUUUAAUAUAAUUUUGCAACAUAGCAUGAUUAUGUAAAUAAAAUUGUGGGAAAUAAAUUGUGCUAGAUAAAAUGUUUUAAAUGCAUUUUAUUUUAACAAUGUGUCAUUUAUUUAGUCAAAAUGGGGCUCAACUUUUUAAUCUGCCUUUUACAUAUAGGCCUGACAUAAAUGUUUUGUGAUCAUGAUUUAUAUGAGACUGGGCAAUUUAAAAAAGUACUAUAAUUAUAUAGUCCCUUUAAAUGUGUAGAAAAUAAGGUAGCUGUCUCUAUAUUAUGAAAUAGUCCAUACUUUCAUUUACAAUUUAUAGUAGCCUAAUUUAUGACAUUGUAUUCAGUUUAUAGUAAAUUCAUGUUGUCCCAAAUGGUAGUCUACUGGCUGCUUUCUUUCUUUCUUUCUUUUUUUUAAACAGACAGCAUUUAACGUUAAGUCUCAGCAUUUAGUUUGAAAAUGUGCUGUAAUGUUGAAAUGCUAAAUGAUCAUUCCUGUAACGUUAGCCUAUGAGUGUCUUUUCAGCUGACAACGUAUGUAUUAAACGUAUGUAUUAAAAAAGCUGGUUUUAUUUUAAAAAA